UCCAGACGAGACGUGACCACUUGUUUAUUAUCGUCCCAUUAGCUCAAAAAAAAUAAUCUUGUUAUCGUCCCAUCGAUUCCCCACCAGCCAAGCCCCUCGCUACCUCCGCCGCUCCUCGCCGGCGACAUCGGUGAGCGUACGGACCCGCCCGUGGCCCCGAGAUACAAAUUCCGCCAUCCCCGGAGGUCACCUUUCAUCACCAUCCGAGUUCUGUGGUGCCUUAAAUUGGUGAAAUCGAUACACGGCUAUUGGAAACUUUAGAGUUUAGUCUCAUCAUAUUCAUGAGUCAUCAAAAGCGUGAAGCCAGUUCUAGCAAUGAAGAUUGGGCAUCAAAACGCCCAAAAGGUGCUGCCACUUCUACUGAAAAGGAUUGUCAAGUAGAGACUGCUAGUUCUCAAGAAACGAAUGGUGAAAAGAGAGACACCUCUCAAAAGGGAAGCAACUUGCCGCUAGACCCAUGCAUCUCGGAUGAGAAAUCCGCAACCAUCUCGGAAGUUCCAAGUCAGCAAGAGAUGAUACUAACUAGUGUUGAAGCCGAUGCUGCAGAAGACAAGGGCUGCAGGCAUACAAUGGAGGAUGCCUGGGUGGUGCUUCCUGAUGCUAGCAUGGGAUCUCCUGGAAAUUUGAGAUCUGCACAUUUUGCAAUAUAUGAUGGGCAUGGUGGCCGCUUGGCCGCGGAGUAUGCACAGAAGCACUUACACCCGCAUGUUAUUGCUGCAGGAUUACCACGUGAGUUGAUGAAUGUUAAAGUGGCAAAGAAGGCCAUUAUUGAAGGUUUCCGUAAAGCUGAUGAAUCACUACUGCAAGAAAGUGCUAAAGGAAACUGGCAAGACGGCGCAACAGCUGUAUGUGUUUGGGUCUUGGGACAGACGGUAAGUUUACAGUACCAGAGAUUUUCUUCAUUAUGCACAACCUAUUUUGCACCGUCAUACUCUGGAAUUCGUUUUGGUUAUCCAGUUUGGAGUUUGUAUGGAAUCAGGGUCUAUGAGAUUAUUUGUUCCUUUAUUAAAUAUAUACUUCCAUUCACCCAGUUGGAGAUACUGUUCAUCAGUGUCCCCUUGAUUAAUUAUUUUUAUAUCACAUGCCUACCUUCAAGGCAGCAUAACUCUCGCAUAAUCGACCUUGACUAAUCUACCAACAACAUAAUUAACUCGUUGGUUUCUCUUCUCAUGCGCAACAAACUCUAAUUAUGUGGUGUUAUCUUGUUGGUACGGAAUGCUCGUGCUUGAUUUGAGAUGCAUAAUUUGUUCAUUUUGCAAAUUUUUACGUGUGAAAUCUCAAUCCUUAAUUUUACACUCCCUCCGUUCCAAAAUAUAAGGUGUACUAGGUUUUUCAAAAGUCAAACAUGUGCAUGUUUGACCAAGUUUUGAGAAAAAAGUACCAAUAUCUACAGUACCAAAUUUGUAUCAUUAUAUCCAUCAACAACAACAACAACAACAACAACAACAAAGCCUUUAGUCCCAAACAAGUUGGGAUAGGCUAGAGGUGAAACCCAUAAGAUCUCGCAACCAACUCAUGGU